UGACCGCGGCACAGACCCCAUAGAGCUUGGUCGGCAGCGCAGCGCGGCAAAUGUCGGAGGAGCGAAGGGGCGGCACCAGUGGCUGUGGUGGUGGUGGUAGUGGAAGUGGUCGGGGCGGCGGUGGGUCGGUGGUGGUAGUGGUGGUGGUGGUGCCCAGCAGCAGUGGUGGUGGUAGUGGUGGUGCUGGUGGUGCUGGUGCUGGUGGUGCGCGGUGGCAACAGUGCUGGUGGUAGUGGCGAUGGGGCGGUGGCAGUAGUAGCACCCAGGGCCAGCAGGACUCGGCAGCAGAGCCAACACGCAGCAGCAGCAUGUGGGGUGUGGCAGGGGACGGGGCAGCCAACGUGGAGUCAGAGCGGGGUGGCCUGGGGGUGGGGGAGGGGGAGGAGCGGCCAGAGGAGUCUGCCAGCCUGGGGGCGGCACGGUCGCUGCGGCAAAUAGUGAGUGACGACAGCGCCUCGUCCUCUAGCCUGGACUCGUCCUCCUCGGCCACCAGCGGGGCGAGCCGCGCCUCAGAGCGCAAAACCCCGCCUGUCUCUGCUGUGGACCUCCCGCCUGCCACCGCCUGGGCCAGGACCCCCGAUGCUGCUCCCCUGGAGGGGGCACCCUCCAACCCCUGGGAGCCACGCCCUGACCCCCGCUGCCCCGCCUGCCAGUGAGCCCCGCCCUUCACAGGCAGAGGAGGAGGAGACUCCUGGCACUGGGGAUGCCCCACCACCAGGGUCCCGCCUGGACCGCAGCGGGGCACUGUGGGGCUACUACUUCACCCCACUCGGAGCGCCCCGGUCAUCCACGUGCGGCGGCCGGGCCGGGAUGGCCCCAGGGCAGGGGGCACAGCCAGGGAGCGGGGGCAAUGGGGCGCAGGACAAUGCUCCCACGCCAGGCUGUGGGGAGCGGAGGGGUGGGGCAGGACCCCCCCCGGCGUGCACACCCUGUGGUGCCCCCCGCUGCCAAUCCCCCGGAUGACCCCCCUGAUCCCAAUACAGCCCCCACUGCCUCCUGGCUCUCCCCCUCUUCUGUCUCUGCCUCCCCUCACUCCCCCCCAUCCCUGUACCCAAUCUGUCCUACAUCCCUCCUCCCCUCCCUUCUGGCCCCCCACUGCCCCCCUCCUCUCCCCCCAUAUGAUCCCCCUCUCCUCCCCUGCACCCCCAGUGGAGCGCCCCAACCCCAGCGAUCCCCCCUUCCUGCGUCAUCCCUCCCGCAGCGACCAGGACCUGUACCCUGCCUCCCUCCCCCCUCAACUCCCUGGCUGACCUGUCCGCCGCCCCCCCACACCUCGGCAGAGCGUGCCCCGCACCCUGGCGCGCCUCAUGCCCCUCACUCACUCCUCAAACCUGCUCUCCAGCCCCACACUGCUGCCCCGCCCCUCUCACUCCCUCCCCCUCGGCUCCUUGCACAACCCUGCCCACACCUCCCCCGCCCCUCUACUCCCGCACCGACCACUCCUCCUCCUCCUCCUCAUCCUCCUCGUCCACGUCCUCCACCUCACACCUCUCCUCAGACCGCUUCCGUUCCCUGGCCCCGCCUCCUCUCUCGCUCCCGGCGCUCAAAUCUCUUCCCACGUCUCUCCACCAAUCUCGGCCCCUACCCAAGUCGCCAGAGGAACUUCUCCACCCGCGACCCUCCCACAGAUGACUCCACGCUCCCCGGGUCUCUGGGGCUCCUGGGGCCACUGCGUGGGGACCCCCUGGGGGCAUCCGGCAGACAGCGCCCCUCCUCUGAUCCUCAGUUUGGUGUGCAGCUUCUAAGCAGACACAUCGUCAAUAUUGAGCAGAUCUGCAUAGCCCUGCUGGAGAUCAACAACCACACAAGGGAGGAGCAAAUGUUACAGCAGAUUUGCCACAUGCUCAGCGACAUCCAGGAACAAAUCCACUCCCUGCGUCUGCCAGAUGACCCCCUCCAUGGCAGACGACCUUGCCGGCGCCUUCUCCGACCGACUGCCCCACCCCUCCACGCUACAGUCACUGUCUCUCCCACAGCAGCAGCAGCAGGAGGAGACGAGAAGAGCGGCGGGCCGUCCCCCCCUUCCCCACACACCUCCUGUCGGGCAGUGACUCCGGGGCAGGUGGUGGUGGUGGUGGUGAUGGUGGUGGUGGUGGGUUGACAGGCUCACCCUUUCUUCCGAGGCCAGGCUGUGUGUGUCCUCGGCCAACUCCAAGCUCAAGACUCCUGCGCACUUACCGAGGUAUGUACAGCCGCGGGUGUGAGGCGCGGCUCAGGUCGGCCAGUUGCACACUUGCUUCCAGAGAGGCAGCCAGACUGGAACUGCUGCCCCCCUCGCGCCGCCCCACCAGGGAGCUGAGGGGUGUGGUGGGCGGGGCAGGGGAGGCGGUGAUAGGCCCCCUGCCGACACCCCCCCCCAGACCAAGGCACAGACGAGGAGCAGCCCAGGCACAUUGUACGCAUUAUGACAGGCAGCCACUAU